AUGAAAUCUGGUGAAAACCGUGUGAAAGGCCCAUAUGCUGAAGUAUCCGUAAACAAACACAAGCUCAAGUUACUGGUGGAUAGUGGUUCAUCUGUAAACAUACUGGACGAAGCUGAUUACAUUAAAGUAGGAAGACCCAAGCUUCGACGAAGGAAGGAACAUUGUGAACUUGUGCCUUAUGGAGGUGGUAAAAUCCCAGUUCUAGGGACUUGUGAUUUGACAUUAGAAAGAGAGAAGAGCUAUGAUAUUGUGAGGUUCUAUGUGGUGAAAGGUGUAAAUGGAUCCUUGUUAGGCUACCCCACUGCUGAUAGCCUACAAAUCAUCAAACUAGUGAACAAUGUAAAUGACAUCAAGAAGAAAGUGGAAGAUGACUUUCCUCAGUUAUUUCAAGGCAUUGGGAAAUUAAGUAAUCAUCAAGUGAAGAUUCACAUUGACACGACUGUCAAACCAGUGGCUCAGUAG